CUUGUUUUCUGUGGCAUUGCAAUAUAAAGUUUACGCGUUUCUGUCUAAGCGGAGUUGUACGAAGGUAAAGCGCGAUUGUAACUUUCCUGACCAUUGCGGCUUUCUCAGUUUAAUUGAUCAUCUCUUCUUCAUUUCUCUAUAUCUAUACUACAAAGAAACAACCAUGUCAUCUGAAGCUGGGGAACAACCCCUCCUUACGAAGAAUCGCCAAAUGCAAGCAAUGGUCCGCAGGUGUGAACGAAGUAUAAAUGUAACCCGGGGUUUCUUUUCUUCAUCAAUCGUAGUUCUGGUAGCGCCGCCUGGGCGCCUUCCUGACGUCUGCCUGCGGGGCGGCUCUGCCACCUAACGUCAUGUUGCCGACGGUACCUUCCAGCAUGGUAUCUCGACAACCGCUCACUUGCAUACUUGAAUAGCCACGGUUCCCUAAUCUGUUUCAAUCCUUUCCUAACUCCUCCCUAAACCCUAUGCUAGGACCGGGAACUCCAGCAUGAGCUCAGAGAUGUGUAUCCUUGCGCUGCUUGGAGCCUCUGGGCUCGUCGGCAUCGUCUCAAACAACGCCAUCGUGACCGCAACCCUCUUCGUUGGCGGCUUUCUGAUGUGGGCCUGCUUCACACUUCCCGAGUGCCUAAAGCCAUCCCAGCCAUCUAAGCCCGCACCGGAGGCAGACGCCUCAAAAGCCGCAGCUGCAGCAGCCAAGUCGGACGACGCUGCCGCAGCCGCGGCUGCGCUGCCGCUGCCUGCUCCCGAUGCGGUCAUGUCGCUCAUCAAGCGCCGCCGCUCCGUGUUCCCUCGGGACUACAGCGGGGAGGAGGUACCGCGGGAGCAGGUAGAGAUGCUGCUGGAGGCUGCCAACUGGGCUCCCACGCACGGGAUGACGGAGCCCUGGCGUUUCGUGGUUCUGCGCGGCGCCUCCAAGACCGCCAUGGAGGACCUCACGCUGGAGCUCUGCCGUACACGCCUGGCGCCCGAGCAGGCCGCCAAGACGCUGGAGAAGCUGGAGAAGAAGCGCGGCAGCACAUGGGGAAAGGUGUCCUGCUACAUCGCCAUCUGCUGCAAGCGCCAGGCCAAGCCCGGCAAGAUGAUGCCCGAGUGGGAGGAGAUGGCGGCGGUGUCGUGUGCCGUACAGAACAUGUACCUGAUGUCCACCUCGCUGGGACUGGGCGGCUACUGGAGCAGCUGGCAGGAGGUUGCCCGCGAGUCCCCCGAGAUGAAGGAGCUGCUGGGCCUGUCUCCCGAGGACCGCGUGAUGGGGUUCUUCACGCUGGGUCGGGUGG